AUGGCGGCGGUGACAGCGGGGAGCGGGGCCGGGAGCGGGGCCGCGGGCAGCCCCGAGGCCGCCGGCGGGAGCAGCGGGGGCGGCGGGUGGCGGCGUCCCCACGGGCCGCUCCAGCGCUACUAUGGCCCGGCCACUGCCGAGGCGGCCGAGGCGGCCCCGGACCCCACCGACAUCAACGGGCCCCACUUCGACCCGGAGGCGUUCAUGACCAAGGUGCGCAGCGAGUGCCCCCUGGGGCAGCUCCUGGCCCGGGAGGCUGCACUGGGCCGGGAGAUCCGCGCCCUGGACAGUGACAUGCAGACCCUGCUCUACGAGAACUACAACAAAUUCAUCUCUGCCACCGACACCAUCCGGAAGAUGAAGGUGGAUUUCCGGCACAUGGAGGCGGAGAUGGACGACCUGGCGGCCAACAUGGCGGCCAUCAGCGCCUCGAGCGCCCGCGUCAGCGCCGCGCUGCAGGAGCGGCACCGCCGCGGCGCCCAGCUGGCCGGUACGGGUCCAGGGAGGUUUACUGGGGCGGAUCAAUGGGGAGUAUCUAGGGGGGGCGCCGACGCCGCCGCCGAGCUGGUGGCCCGGGCCGCCCGCGAGCGCGUCGACCGCUACCUGCGCGCCCUGCAGACCUUCUUCCUGGGCUGCCUGGGUGACGUGCGCCAGGCGCUGGCUGCCCCUCGGCCCCCCGGCAAAGAGGGGCCCGGCCUGCCCGACCUGCUGGCCACGCUGGCCGCCUCCGUGCUGGGCCAGCUCAAGGCCGUGCUGGCCUACGUGCAGCUCUUCACCGCCAGGGACGUUGCCUUCGCCAGCCUGCCCUACUUCAAGGGGGAGUUCUGUGUGACAGCAGUGCGUGAGGGGCUGGUGGUGGCCUUUGUGCGCUGGCUGUGCCGCACCGCCCGGGGCUUCGCUGAUGGCCCAGCUGAGCGGGGAGCUCCUGCUGCCCCCCCGGCCCUGCUGCUGCUCCUCGCCCGUCUCUGCCUGGACUACGAGAACUCCACCAUCAGCUACAUUCUCACCCUCACCGAUGAGCAGUUCCCGCCCCAGGACUCGGGGCCGGCGGUGACGCCGGGGCCGGCGCUGUGUGCGGAGGCGCGGGCGGCGGCGCAGCGGCUGCUGGACCACUACGUGCAGGUGCAGGGCGCGGCCGUGGCGCAGAUGCUGCGCAAGAGCGUCGAGACGCGCGACUGGCUGGGCACCGUCGAGCCCCGCAACGUGCGCGCCGUCAUGAAGCGCGUGGUGGAGGACAUCACCGCCAUCGACGUGCAGGUGGGGCAGCUCUUCGAGGAGGGAGUGAGGCGGGCGCAGAGCAGCGAUUCCAGCCGGCGCGCCUUCUCCGUCUACAGCAGCUCGCGGGCACCCGGCCGCUAUGCCCCCAGCUACACCCCCAGUGCCCCCAUGGACACCCACCUGCUCAGCAACAUCCAGAAGCUUUUCUCUGAGCGCAUCGACAUUUUCAGCCCUGUUGAGUUCAACAAGGUGUCGGUGCUGACGGGGAUCAUCAAGAUCAGCCUGAAGACGCUGCUGGAGUGCGUGCGGCUGCGCACGCUGGGGCGCUUCGGGCUGCAGCAGGUGCAGGUGGACGGGCACUACCUGCAGCUCUACCUGUGGCGCUUCGCCUCCGACGAGCGCGUGGUGCAGGGGCUGCUGGACGAGGUGGCCGCCAGCGCCGCCCACCGCUGCCUCGACCCCGUCCCCAUGGAGCACAGCGUCGUCGAGCUCAUCUGCGAGCGCGGCUAGGGUGAGGGACAGGGACGUGCCACACCUGGGGCCCGUGAGUCCCCUCACAUACAAGAGGACGCUUCGUGUGUCCUUCCCAGCCUUGUCCCUACACCGGCUUACAUCCUGUUGUUCAAACUCCCCUUCCCCAUUGCCUCCCCAGCCCAGUGACACAGUGUCAUCCCCCCACCUUGGUGACAUCCCCUCAUGCCUGCAGACAGCCCCUGGGUCACUAAUAAAUUAUGUGG